AUGUCCAACAGCAAAUGUUAUUUUACAUUUAACUUUUCAAUUAAAAAUAUUUCACUAUCUGUCUAUGAUUAUAUUUUUCAGAAACCACAUUUGAGAAUUACUUCCAUCCAGUGCUAUGUGUGUUUACUUCUAAAUACUCAUUUUUUAACUGAGGCUGGCAUGCGUGUCUUCAUUUUGGGCUGUAUUAGUGCAGGUAUUCCUAAAACAGAGGCUAACUGGGAAGAUGUAAGAAAGGAUUUGCAAAAAAUUGAAAAUCUUAUUCAACCCCGUUGCAAAGUAACAGCAAUGAACUGCUUUCUCCUGGAGCUAGAAGUUAUUUCACAUGAGUCCAGAGAUGGAGACAUAGAGGAAACAGUAAAAAACCUGAUCCUCCUAGCAAACAGUAGUUUAUCUUCUAAUGGGGUGAGUUAUCCAAUAGUUUUACAGUGCUACAUCUGAUGUUUUUGGCUUGAUUGCAAGAAGCUAUUAGUAGACAAGCAGGUCUUUCUCAGCAGUGCUCAGGAGAAAGAAUUCAUUUCUAGUGGAGUGGCAUCCAAAAGUGGCACCAUAGUUGGCGUAUACACAUGGUCCUCAACUGUUCAUUGACUGAUUUGAUAAAUAGACAUUUGCUAAAUAAUGCCAGGCAGUGUGCUUCAGUGCUGCAGUCACAGUGGUGAACCAAACAGGUGCUUUAAAUAAACAUUAAUCUAAUUACAUAAUCACAUGUUCAACAUCAGUAACAGUAACUCACAUUGGGGUUUUUCUGUGUGCCUGACACUGUUCUUAAAGCUUUAAACUGAUAUUCAUUUAAUCCUCAAAAUAAAUCUGUGAGAUUAUUAUCCUUAUAUCUUUUUUAAAAUCCAGUGAACCUCAUUUCUAGUUGAAAGGUGAAGAAACUGGAGUAUUGGGAGCUUAAAUCAUUUGCUCCAAUUCAUGUAGCUAGUAAAAUAGGAAGCCAUAAUUCUAACCAAGCAGAGUCUAUCUCCUUAUGCUGGAAAAGGAUAAUCAUAAUUAAUGAUUAAUGACUGGAGUGUAGUUUAGGACAUGCCAGGCAACGUAAGCAAUAGAGGGUUCUAAGAGAACUGAUGCUAUGGAGCCAUGGUAGAUGGGGAACCAGCUGUGCAGAGUCCUAAAGCACAAAGAAUCAUGGCUUUCAUGGCAGAACACUCGUGGCAAAGGCGAAAUGACAGAAACAGAGAGGGUGUCGUCAAA